AGAGAGAGAGAGAAGUCUCGGGUCGUAAUUAGCUCUCAUAGUUUUCAGCAGACACACACACGUUUACACGGAUGGAUCAGACGACCGGAAUGUACGAUGCUGAAACGUCGCUCAAGUAGCUAAAGUCGGCUGUCAAGUCGCUCGCGAUUUUCCCGAGCGUGUCGCGUGUUCUUCAGCCCCUCUUCCCCCGGUCUUGAUUCCUUCGGAAAAGCCGCCUGAGAACCCCGCGAGCGUAACACAUGUGACGAAAGAGCGGAGACCGCCGACGUCCUGCAAUAAUGUGAGGCGCUUCCGUGAAACCCCGCCGAGCCGAGCCGAGCGUAUUCGAGCGCUCGGGGGAAGUUCCUGAAGAACGGGGAGUACUCGCGAGUGCAUUGACACCGCAUACAUUAUCCGUGAGAAAGAGCGAAGGGUGUGUGCCUUGUAAUAACGCGGUAUACCUCUUACGAUCGACGUGAUAAUAGGUUGAAGUAACAGAGGGACGAAGUAACUCGAUCAAGGACCGCGCCACGAUCGCUGCGCGGGACGUCUGUUAUUACGACCCGCGCCGCGUAUCUAUCAUUGGCGCAAACGCGCGAUACCGCGAAUCUCGUUAAUACACGGCGUAACGGCGAAGGUCGACGUCGAGGGCGCGAUGGCGGCCGAGAGGAAGGAGCACGACUACGCGUCGAUGCAAAUGGCGAGGUUCCUCAUGAAGACCGUCGGUUUCUGGACGUCCGACAAGAAAGGCGAGGAACGCCUGUUGAAGGGGAUUCUCGGCUACACGCUGUUCGCGAUCGUCCUGGCGCUGUGGAUCGAGAGCACCGAGUUCUACUUCAGCAUCGGUGACUUCUACGCCGUCACGUACACCGCUUGCAGCAGCAUGCCGGUAGUUAUAGUUUUGAUGAAGAUCCUUUUCUUCCUGACCUAUCGCGAGGAGAUGCUGACGAUGCUCAGGUACACGCAGGAGAGGUUCUGGUACGCGCAGUACGACGAUUACGGCCGCAAGCUCAUGGACGACAUCAACAGGAAAGGGAUGAUAAUAAUGUGCACCUUCACGUUCUUCGUUCAAGUGACAGUCGUCACCUACAUGCUGACUCCCAUAAUCGAGAAUAGGGGGAGAAACGAAAGCGAGAGAAUUCUCCCUUUUAACUGGUAUGUCGGGAUCGACACGCACGUCUCGCCCAACUUUGAAAUAAUAUUCGUUUUCGAGGUAAUGCAUUGUGUUCUCCGCAGUGUUGUGUUCAGUUCACGAUGUGCACUCUUCACUCGGAUUAUAGCACUCGUUCAUGCGGGUAUAUGCUUCUGUUGCUUCGACAAUCUCUUGGGUCUGCUGGGCAUGCACACUGCCGGCCAGUUUAAAUUGCUGCAGCAUCGCUUGGAGACUAUAUUGGAGAGGAUCGGGCAGGCCGGUGACUUGGGCUCGCUCGACGAGAAGACCAAGCGAGCGGUGCAUGAAGAAAUCCGGGGUUGCGUGUUGCAGCAUCAAGAGCUGAUCUGGUACAGCGAGAAGAUGGAAGGCUUAUUCAUGUACACGACCCUCUGCCAGCUGUUGGUGUCCAGCGUCAUGAUAUGCGUAGCAGGCUUCCAAGUAUUUUUGUCUCGCGGCACCCUGAUGAGGCGGAUGAUAUUCAUCGCGCAUACGAACGGCAGCGUCGGCCAACUGUUCGUCGUCACGUUCACGGCGCAUCACUUGCUGGAGGAAAGCCGCGCGGUCGGCGAUUCGGCCUACAGUGCCAACUGGGAGGUCCUGUCUCACCAGGAUAACAGAUCAAUCCGGAACGCCGUUCUCAUGUUGAUGGUGCGAUCCACGCACGCCUGCUCCAUAUCCGCCGGUGGCUUCUUCCCGGUCUCCCUCGAGACGUUCAUGGCGGUAAGGUCGGCUUUGAAAGAUCCACAGACUCGGGAUUCUUGUCUCAACGACUCGGACUUUGUCCCCCCACAGGUGAUGAGCACCGCGGCCUCGUAUUUCGCUCUGCUCCGCAAUUUUAUCGUCGACGAGGCUGUCACCGGUAGACGAGAGCCGGGAUCCGCGCGCGCCGGGCAGGAAGAAAAUCACGAGGUGCACGAUGACGGGGAACAGGGAGUACCGGUCGGUGAGUAUCACGCGACUCUUCAUGAAAAUGGUCGGCCUCUGGCACGUCGAGACCCCGCGGGAACGGCUGUUCCUGCGCGUCGCGUUCGGCUACGCCGUCUGGGCGAUUCUCUUCGCCAUUCUCGUGGAGGGCGUCGAUCUGUAUCACUGCAUGGGCGACUUUUACGCCGUCACGUCCAACCUGUGCGCGACGUUGCUGUUGGUGAUGAUACUGGUGAAGCUGGGCAGCUUCAUGCUCUACCACGACAACGUGAUGAAGCUCAUUCGUUUCGCCGAAAAGCAUUUCUGGGCGGUCACCUACGACGAGAGCCUCGUGCGACCAACGAGACGCAGAAGGCACUGCCGUUCAAGCUGUGGCUCGAAUUUCCAUAUCACUCGCCGUACUACGAAGUCACUUACACGAUACAGUCACUCUCGACGAUACACUCGGGUAUCUGCACCUUCUGCUUUGAUAAUUUCGUCAGCACCUUCAACAUCCACGCCGCCGCGCAGCUGAAGAUCCUGGCUCACAAGGUGGAGAUUGUCGCCGAGAGUUGCGUCGAAGGCGCAACGAGCGACAAGAGCAGCCAGUCGGAAGCGGAAAUUGUCGCUUUGACGUUCGAGAGAUUGCAGGAUUGUGUGCGGCAGCAUUACACGCUUAUACAGUACCUGCAUAACAUGCAACAUGUCUUCGCCAUUAUAUUGCUCGGCCAAUUGCUGCUCUCCAGCGUGGUUAUCUGCUUCGGCGGCUUCCAGUUUCUCGCGACGGACGUGGCCAUCAGGAAGUGCAUUUUCGCCUUCCACUUUGUGGGCGGUCUUAUCCAGCUACUUAUUUACACGUGGACGUGUAACGAUAUAAUUGUGCAAAGCGCGGCCAUCUCCGACGCCGCUUACAACUCCAAGUGGUAUCUCUUACCCGGCAGCGGCCCGGGGAUGGCGCUGAGGAAAGGAUUAAUUAUGAUCAUGAUCAGAGCACGUCGACCGUGCACAUUAACCGCCGGACAUUUCGCGGUGAUGUCCUUGGACACUUUCACGGGGAUAUUGAGCACUGCGAUGUCAUACUUUACUCUACUACGACAAAUGAGCGAGGAAGGAAUAUAGCUUUAAAAUAUAGACCUAUAGAGAAGAUCCCUUAGCGUCGAAUGAAGACACGUUUCUCCCGAGUACAUUCGCCGCGAGACUGGUUUAGUGAUGUGUAUGCCCGUUUGUAAAUAUUUCACUCAAGAACGAGCACCUGCAAUUCAUCGCCAGAAAUUAUUCUCCCAUCGCGAAGGAGAAUGCAGUUUCUUGAAAGUACAAUAUGUGAAACAUAAUACUGCUAAAAAAUGAUCAAACGUGACAGUUUAUUAUUACUACAGAGAUGUAUACGUGUGAAUUUAAAGUAUCAGGUUUUAUGUUGCCGGCACAACACACUCAAAUUCACAGACGCGAUCAAGGAGAAAUCAGCAACCGUCAAGUUAGGUCCAGCCACGUAAUCUUGUCCUUCGAGGAUGGUAUUCAGAAUUUGGAAGGCGUCUGUCAUCUUUUCAAAUUUCGCAGGAUCAUACGUGUCGGUGAGUUUACGGAACACAG